GAAGUUUCGUCGUCAAGCAUAGAUAUCAUCGAGCACCGAACUCAGAAGUAGCAAUCUCCUUAUCGGAUCUGUUUUGUUCCCUGGAACUCCACUGCUUAGUUUCAUUUCUAGCGUCUCUCUCACUUGUAUUGUAUUUUGCACUCUUAGAAAAUGACAAUCCUUUCAAAUUCUUUGGUUUUACCGACAAACCAUCGAACCCAACUCUCUUCUGGCUCUCCUCUAAAGCCAGCAGACCAAAACUUUGGGAGUGCCAAACCCGCCAACUUGUCAUUCAAUUCUAGUCGUUUAGGGAAACUGCAUCUUUCUACCUCUGGAAGGCCACUCACUGUUCAAGCUUCGUACAGUGAUGGUGCAAGGCCAAGCAGCGCAAGCAUCUUUGUUGGAGGUUUUGUUUUGGGAGGACUCAUGGUUGCUGCACUUGGAUGUGUGUUUGCUCCUCAGCUCAGCAAGGCUCUAGUUGAAGAUAGAAAGGAUCUAAUGAAGAAACUGCCUAAAUUCAUAUAUGAUGAAGAAAAAGCUUUGGAGAAAACACGGAAGAUACUGACUGAGAAGAUUGCUCAGCUGAACUCUGCUAUUGAUGAUUUUUCCGUGCAGGUUCGAUCUGAAGAUACCCCAAAUGGAGUUGCUGUGAACUCUGAUGAAAUUGAGGCUUCCAUAUGAAUUGCCUUGUCGUUCACAUUGUGGUUUAACUGGUCUUGUUAUCCUUGUUAAAGAAAUAAAUCAAAUAAUAGUGUUAUUGUAAUUUUCCUGUUUUCUCGGCAAACAGUUUAAGCUCUUUAAUGUGUGGUGGUUGUUGCACGAAUAAAUGAAUACUUACUCUUUUACCAGACAUGAUGGCAAAGAUGCUCAAGGUUAGCGCCAAGUUUUAAAGAGUAACA